AUGUUAUUCUACUUUCUUUUCUUUUCUCCUUUAUUUCUUCUUCUUCUUCUUCUUCUUCUUCUUCUUCUUCUUCUUUAUUUCUUUUUCUUAUCCUCCUCCUCUUCUUCUUCUUCUUCUCACUUUUUAUUUCUUCUUCUUCUCACUUUUAUUUCUUCUUCUUUAUUUCUUUUUCUUAUCCUCUUCUUCUUCUUCGCCCUUCUUAUUUCUUCUUCUUCUUCUCACUUUUUUAUAUCUUCUUCUUCUCACUUUUUAUUUCUUUUCUUCUUCUUCUUCUUCUUCUUCUUCUUCUUCUUCUUCUUUAUUUUUUUUUCUUAUCCUCCUCCUCUUCUUCUUCUUCUUCUCACUUUUUUUUCUUCUUCUUCUCACUUUUAUUUCUUCUUCUUUAUUUUUUUUUUAUCCUCUUCUUCUUCUUCGUUUUUCUUCUUAUUUCUUCUUCUUCUUCUCACUUUUUUAUAUCUUCUUCUUCUCACUUUUUAUUUCUUUUUCUUCUUCUUCUUCUUCUUCUUCUUCUUCUUCUCUCUUUUUUAUUUCUUCUUGUUCUCACUUUUUAUUUCUUCUUCUUCUUCUUCACUUUUUUAUUUCUUUUUCUUCUUCUCUCUUUUUUAUUUCUUCUUCUUCUUCUUCUCACUUUUUAUUUCUUCUUCUCACUUUUAUUUCUUCUUCUUUAUUUCUUUUUCUUAUCCUCCUCUUCUUCUUCGCCCUUCUUAUUUCUUCUUCUUCUUCUUCUCACUUUUUUAUUUCUUCUUCUUCUCACUUUUUAUUUCUUUUUCUUCUUCUUCUUCUCUCUUUUUUAUUUCUUCUUCUCUCUUUUUAUUUCUUCUUCUUUCUUUUAUUUUUUCUUCUUUUUCUCCUUCUCACUUUUUGUUUUUUCUUCUCCUUCUUUCUCUUCUUUAUUUCUUCUUCUUUUUCUCCUUCUUCUUCUUUUUCUCCUUCUUCUUCUUCUUCUUCUUUUUCUUCUUCUUCUUUUUCUUCUUGCUCUUCUUUAUUUCUCCUUCUUGUCUCUCUUCUUUAUUUCUUUUUCUUUUACAUGGUCUUUUCCUCUUUGUCUCUUUUCUUUCUCUCUUCUUUUCGCCGUUUUUUACAUCGUUUUGCAUCUACCAUGUGUUUCUAAUGAUUGUUGUUAACAAGGAAUUUUAUAAUUCAAUCUAUUUUCUUCCCGUUGCAAAUCUAUCUUCACAGUCAGCCUAUCUAUCUAUCUAUCUAUCUAUCUACACAAUGUUUGUAUCUAUCUAUCUAUCUAUCUAUCUAUCUAUCUAUCUAUCUAUUUAA